AUGGUGAGGUACUCCCAAGAGGCCGACAAUGCCACCAAAUCAACCAAGGCCAGAGGCGCCGACCUUAGGAUUCAUUUCAAGAACACUAGGGAAACCGCGUUUGCCAUCAGGAAGUUGCCACUCACCAAAGCCAAAAGAUACUUGGAAGAUGUUUUGGCCCACAAACAGGCCAUUCCAUUCCGACGCUUCUGUCGUGGUGUUGGGAGGACAGCCCAAGCCAAGAACAGGCAUUCCAAUGGGCAAGGACGUUGGCCUGCCAAGUCUGCUAAGUUUAUUCUUGAUUUGCUCAAGAAUGCUGAGAGUAACGCUGAAGUGAAAGGGCUCAUGGAAGAAUCAAUCCCUACAUGUCUUCUCCAUGCCACAUUGAGCUCAUUUUAUCUGAAAAGGAAGAGGCUGUCCAGAAAGAGUUUACAGCAGAAAAGACGGUAUCACAAAAGAACUACUCUAAGUCAGAUUAUUGCUCUGUCCAAUAUAUUAAUCUAA